CGGAGAAAACGGGUGCAUUUUUAUAAUUCCUUCAAAGCCAGUUGAGCACGAAUUCACCAUCAGUCAGCAUGUCUAGCCAAGAGUUUCUCUUGACAAUCCUCUUCCUAACAUCGAACUGGGCUAACGGUGAAUUCGUUAACGAUGAUGGAUUCUACUUAGCAGACGAUUUGUCCGAUUUAGAUGCCCUGCAGGCUGUUAGACCGAGCCCCAUUCAAUGUCCGUCUGAGGAUGUCAUCGUGCAACGUUAUCGCUGUCACGACAAGGAAACGGACGGUUGGAAAGAUUGUUUUCAACGCAGUUGUUGCCAAAAUUACACGUUUAUAGCCGGCCGUUGUGUAGCGGCCGAUAAGGACCCCUGCACGCUGGACUUGUGCGAACAAAAAUGUUCCGUUUUCUUCGGUCGGGUCAUCUGCACCUGUUUCGCUGGUUACAAGUUCAACGCCGAGAAUCAAAAGAACGGAAUACGACCCUACUGCAUCGACAUUGACGAAUGCGACGAGGAUAACGGCAGUUGUGAACAAGAAUGUUUCAACACUCCCGGCUCAUUCCAGUGCCGGUGUGCGAGCGGGUUCUCAUUACGCGACGACGGCCGUACUUGCCAACCGGAAAGUGAUACGUCUGCCGCCGCCUCUGUCGUAGAUGGCAAUUCGACCGUGACGCAGGCGACAGUGAUUAGCGAGUCCGUGAACGAAACAAUGCUCCGCUGUCAAGCGUCUUGUGACCACGUCACUAAAAUGGAACAGAAAAUGAAACGACUGGAAGAGAAAAUCACAGCCAUGAGCACGGCUAUCAAAUUAUACAGCUUUGCUUCCGGACCUCCAGGCCCAGAAGGACCACCGGGACCUGAGGGGCCACCAGGACCAAGAGGGUUCCCUGGACCUAAUGGAGCACCUGGAAGUCCUGGACCGAUAGGACGACCGGGUAAAAAUGGGAUAGCCCAAUCGCAGGCUUUGGAACCGGACGACCUACCUUUAGAUUCGUAUACACUAAUCACCAGCGGACCCAAAGAUCAAGGACCACCCAGUAAAUUCUGUCGUUGCAAACGAGGACCCAUCGGACCUGCUGGGCCAGUUGGGCAGACUGGAGAGCGCGGUCUUCGUGGCGAGCCGGGAAUACGAGGUGAAAAGGGCGAACCCGGCAAUUUUGAACAUCUUCUCAUACUGCUAGCGGACAUUAGAUUCGAUAUUAAAGCACUCCAAGAAAAAGUGUUUGUCGACGAAGCACCACCUCUGAUGGAUCUACACGAGGCUAUUCGAUUGGAACUAUCAGCCAUACGCCCAUAACUUUGAAAUGAACUCAGUAACCCAUUGCA